AUGCCACCCAUAAAACAUUCUCUCACUGGAUAUAUCACAGUAUUAAAUGAAAAAGCCAAUAAAUCUAAUCAUUAUGCACUUUGUUGUUUUUGUAAAACAAAAUUAACAAAUACUAAAAAAUUGGAAAAAUAUACUGAACAUAAACAAGAGAAAAUUCUUUUUCCUGGAAAUGAAAAUAAUCAAUAUGAUGGUAGUCCUGAAUUUGAUUCUUCAUCUUCAAUAUGCACUAAUGAAUCUUCAAUUUUAUCAAGUUCAUCAUCAACCUUGUCUGUAGAAAAAUCAGGUAAUAAAAAAAGAAAAAUAAGUAAUUAUUUUGCUCACUCUAUUCCUCUUUCUAAACAAGAUAAAGAACAUUGGGAGAAGCUUGUAUUGAAUUCUACCAUAGGUAAUGGUUGGUCAUUCAGAUGGGUUGACAAAAAAUCAAGUCAAAUAUUAUUUAAUUUUGCAAAUCCAGGAUUGAAAUUACCAAGCCAUAAAGUAUUAGCUGGUCAUAUUUUAACUAGUAAUUCUGAUAAAAUCAGGAAUAGUUUAAUUGAUAUUGCAAAGAAGGAUUUUUUUGGUGUUACAAUAGGCUUUGAUGGGUGA